AUGGCAGCAGUACCCGAACUCACCAGUGAAAUGAUGGCUUACUCCAGUAACAAUGAGAAUGACCUAUUCUUUGAAGCUGAUGGCCCUGGAAAUGUGAAGUGCUGCUGCCAAGACCUGAACCACAGUUCUCUGGUAGAUGAGGGCAUCCAGUUGCAAGUCUCCCACCAGCUCUGUAACAAGAGUCUGAGGCAUUUCGUGUCAGUCAUUGUAGCUUUGGAGAAGCUGAAGAAGCCCUGCCCACAGGUCCUCCAGGAGGAUGACCUGAAGAGCAUCUUUUGCUACAUCUUUGAAGAAGAACCUAUCAUCUGCAAAACAGAUGCGGAUAAUUUUAUGAGUGAUGCAGCCAUGCAAUCGGUGGACUGCAAGUUACAGGACAUAAGCCACAAAUACCUGGUGCUGUCUAACUCAUAUGAGCUUCGGGCUCUCCACCUCAAUGGGGAAAAUGUGAACAAACAAGUGGUGUUCCACAUGAGCUUUGUGCACGGGGAUGAAAGUAAUAACAAGAUACCUGUGGUCUUGGGCAUCAAACAAAAGAAUCUGUACCUGUCCUGUGUGAUGAAGGAUGGAAAGCCCACCCUACAGCUAGAGAAGGUAGACCCCAAAGUCUACCCAAAGAGGAAGAUGGAAAAGCGAUUUGUCUUCAACAAGAUAGAAAUCAAGAACACAGUGGAAUUUGAGUCUUCUCAGUACCCUAACUGGUACAUCAGCACCUCUCAAGUCGAAGGAAUGCCUGUCUUCCUAGGAAAUACCAGAGGUGGCCAGGAUAUAACUGACUUCACCAUGGAAUUCUCUUCCUAG